AUGACUCGCGCGACCCGCCCCUCCCUGCCGCUACCCUGUCGCGCGUGCCUCUGCAGCGAUGCGCACAGCGGAAGGGUCGUUUUCGCGUUCGUUCGCCUUGUCGUCCUGCUCACUGCGGCUGCUCUUCUGCCAGGCUACGCGGAUGCACUCUCGCUCACUCUAGAGGCCCUCGCCAGCCUGGAGCCCCGCCCCAGAGCCCGCGCGAGCUGGCGCAAAAACUCCUUGCCGCUGCCUUCCGUGCCUGUGUCAGUUGAGCGGAAGACCGCCGGCUCCGCCUUUGGGCCCCGCGAAGCGCGACAGCGCUUCGCGGCUUCCUCGCGCUGCGACCUGGCUCCCCAUCACUAUUUCUCCGCGGACGUGCCUCGCCUCCAGGAAAAUGCACCUGGAUGCCUGGCGUCUAUCCUCCCGCGGAGACCGUCUGUAGACCGACCUUUAGGCCACAGCUCCCUUCUGUCUCCGCCGUUGCCCUCUUUCUCGCGUUCUGCGAGCACGUCUAUUCAAGGCUUUCCCGAGCGAAGCGCCUCGCUGAGGGAGGGCGAGCGACCGCCUGCUUCUUUCUUCGCCCGCACCGGCGCCUGUGCCCCUGUCCGGAGUGCAGUUUUUCCACAGAAAGCGUCAGAAGAUGUAAAACACACUACGGCAGACAGAAAGAGGCGCGUUACAUUUUUGGCUUUUGGGAACGGCGUCAGACUGGAACGCCCUGAACUUCCCGUCGCCUUUCUCUCGGGUCUGCUGGGCGCACUCGCGUGGCGCAGGGGGCGACGCGACCGGGGGAGAAGCGGUGAGGACGCUUCGCUGGCAGGCAGCGAACCGAGUGCGGGAGAUUUCUUCGCGGAUGACGAUGUUGGGGGAGACGAGGAGAGCGUGAACGCCGCGGCAGCGGCUGCGGAGGCAUUUAGCUCCCCGUUCGCUUCGUUUUUCGUUCGGCAGUGGAAGCAGACACCAAAACUCACCAGAGGCUACCUGUCACUCGCCGCGGGGCUCUCGCUGCUGUCUUCUUGUUCUUCGUCUCGACACUUUACGCCGUCGGCGCUGCUUUUCGACGCGGAGUCUCUGCGGCGCGGCCGAGAGCUCCACCGGCUGCUGACUUCGCUGUUCUUCCUGGGGCCCCUCUCUCUCUCGUCGCUGUUGUCCUUCUCGUUUGUCCACGCGUACUUGGGAGGCCUGGAGCUGCACUUUCAGCGCACGCACUCGCCGGAGACGUUCAGGCAGAUGCUGGGCUUCGCGCUGGGAUGCACCUACUCCCUGGCGGCUCUGAAGCAGAUUCCAAGUGACCAUCUGCUGCAAACUUUGUGCACUUUUCUCCUGUACGUCUGGAGUCGCACGCACCCGGGCGGCGAGGCGGACGUCUACGGGCUCUGCACCAUCCCGAACGAGUACCUGCCCUUCUUCUUUCUGCUGCAAAACUGGAUCCUCGAAGGCAAGGUCGUCGCCGCCGACCUCUGGGGCGUGGGCGCCGCUGGCGGCUGGCUGCUGCUACACCGGCUCCUGCAGGCGAGGAAGAAGACGCUGGCUCCAGGCGUCCGCGGCGCGCUCGCUGCGCGCCUCGACGGGGGUCAGCUGAGCAAGGAAGCGACCGUCCAGACGACCCUCGGGCUGCGCAGCCCGGUCGAGCCCGUGGACGCCGCCCAGGGUGGAGCGCGACCCCCGCAAGCCCCGGCGGGGGCCUCACUGGGGAGACAGAGAACGGCGGAGGGAGACAGUUCACUGCGGGACAAGGGGGUCGCUGUGGACGAAGCGCCAGCGAAGCCGCAGUUUCAACAGGGGCGAGCUCUGCAUGGCCGACGGCGCCGAUGGUAG